AUGAAUGUUUUAUUGUCAUGGUCAGGAGACCUUUUCAAUCUUGGACCAGCUAUAUACGCCGUAGUCAAUGCACAUCCAGAUCAACAUAUUUCCUUUUAUAUUACAACUGUCAAUGCAGAUUUAUUACCAAAAUAUAAAACUCAUUUUGCAGAACGCCCAAUCCUUAAUACAAAAUUCUAUUUCGAAACAUACCAAACACGGUACUUGACUAAAAGAAUAUGGAUAGUUGGGUACGACACUUAUAUUCGAAUUGUUUUUCCUAAUGCGCAUCCUGAAAUGGAAAGAUUCUUACAAUUAGAUGGAGAUGCAAUUGUAGUACAAGAUAUUAAAGAUAUGUACUUCCAUGAUUUCAACAACCAAUCUGCAAUCGUAGUUUUUGAUUUUGCAAGAAGAUUUGAAGGAUUCAAAAAUUACUUUAACGCCGGUGUUAUGGUAUUCAAUAAUUUUAAGUACAUAAAUGAUAAUAUUCUGAAUAAAUCCAUUGAAUACUUGAAAUGGCUCAAUGGACACAUGGGCCGUUGGUACAAUGAUCAAAGAGUAUUAAACAAAAUGUUUAUAGACUCAAGAAUAGUUUUCCCUCAAAAAUAUAACGAAUUUGAUUUCAGAAAGUUUGGGAAUAACACCAAAAUCUUUCAUUUCUAUCGUGCGAAGUGUAAACCAUAUAACCAAAAAUGCAACAGAACGCAAGCUCCAUACAAACUUUGGGAUUGCUUUUAUAAAACAUACAAAGAAAAGCCUCUUUUAUGGCGCGAUACUCGUAAUAUUACAAUCUGUACAAAUGAAAUGUUCAAUUAA